ACUCACAUUCUACGCUUGCCACCAGGGAGCAAGGUCACGUUCACGAAUCUAAACAAGAAAAUUUAACAAAACUAUUCCACGAAGUCACAGAGAACAACAUGGACGUACCGUCGGUUGUACAGCAGACGCUUCUUGGCCCUGCCCUUUGGGACCUUCUUCUUCUCCUGCUUUUCGACCUUGGGGGUCUGAGACUUGACUUUGCCGGCACGGGCGAGAGAUCCGUGAACUAUACAGCCAUACGCAGUGAGCAACGGGUCGCCGAGAACGAGAGCAACGAGCAGUAAAGACCUUUUCCCAUAUUGUCUUGAGUCAGCCCAAACAAGGUUUGAUGCAUUCCAGCUCCGCCCAAAUUACCUCUCAUGUAAGCCGGGCGUUUUGUCUCCAACCAACUCGAUUUGGCAGUCCUUAAGGAUGCGCUGGCGAACGUAUUAUAUCGCUCUAUCAAUUGCCUGGAAACGAACCACUCUACUCAGUCUUUUAACUUUUGCGGAGGUCCUUCUACCAAGGGCUAUUCUCGGCGCUGCAUUUGGACUCCUCAUGAUGCAAACUAUUGGACUGUAUUGAACGUUUAGUUACAGCCACACGCCCAGGAAAGGCGCGAACAUGAAUAUUAGCUCCUGCAGACUUGUUCAGGGCGAAAUGUUGGCUGAAUGAUAUUCUCUCAUCGUUCAGCGCGAUAAUACAAGGUAAAUGACGAGUGUAUCUUUCUGCUGUACGUCUCUCCAAUCUGCAGCCUUCCGCUCUACUGUGUCUCUGCUUUAGUGGGCGGCGAUGAUUGCUUCCUGCAUGGUUUAAUUCUUAGACCGUCGGUGUCUUAAUACCGGCGAUGGACCGGAAUGUAGUGUCGAUGAAGAGUGCGCCGCUCCAUGUUGCACGGUGUGCAUUCUGGUUAAGGAGCAGCAUGCCAGAAUCGCCUCUCAAUCUUUUCUUAAAAUCGCUGUCACUCCUUCCUUCGUUUGUUGCUCUUUUUGCCUUUCAGACAUAGGCCCCCGUAGCCUCAGUUCACUGCCAUGGCCCUCGGACGAGCUGAAUCCGUUUGUCUUAUUCUUUUAAUGGGCCUCGCGUUCUUUCGCACCGUAGCUCACUCAACUACCAUUCCCCUUCCUCUCCUCAAUGUCCGCCCUGCUUUUGCGGAUGCUUCCGAUGCAUUCAUCUCGUCAGCUGCAUCCAUAAGACCAUCCACCUCUAUAAACACUACCCUCCCUACCCAGGCCAUUCAGAGUCAAUCUUUCAAAGCUCGAUCCUUAAACAUGCCAACUUCGACUGAUAAGCUGGUCUUCGCUCAUUUUAUGGUGGGGUUCACUCUUUCAUAUGGCGUCGCCGAUUGGGAAAGAAACAUCGAUAUUGCGAAAUCCAAGGGCAUUGACGCCUUCGCGCUCAAUUUUGGCACCGAUUCUUGGCAGUCGGGUCAGAUCUCAAAUGCUUACACGGCUGCUAGUAACAGCGGGAACUUCAAGGUCUUCCUUUCUUUCGACAUGACGGCUUUCGUAUGUCAAGGAUCGGGAGAUGCAAACGUGAUUAGGCAGUUCAUUAGCGGUUAUAACGAACACCCCAGUCAACUGCGCAUCGAUGGAAAGAUGUUUGUUUCGACGUUUUCAGGCGAAUCCUGCACUUUCGGUACCGGCGAUGUUAAUCAAGGAUGGUUGAAUGCCGUAAAGAACGAUUUACCGCCAACCUACUUUGUACCUGCGUUCUUCGUCGAUUCAGGCACACUGAGUGCUUACAGUUCUUUCGAUGGAAUAUUCAAUUGGAAUGGUGCCUGGCCAAGAGGUAGUUCAGACAUUAAUUUCGAUCCUGACCAAUCCUACAUAAACAACCUUGGUGGUCGCUCUUACAUGGCCGGCGUAUCACCUUGGUUCUUCGCUCACUACCCCGGAAAGAACUUCAUAUACCGAGCCGAUGAGUGGCUUUGGGCUGAGCGAUGGGAAGAGCUCAUUCAGCACCGUAAUGAGGUAUCGUUCGCCCAGGUCAUCUCCUGGAAUGACUACAGCGAGUCUCAUUAUGUGGGACCCGUUGAUGGAACGCAACCUGGUUCACAAGCUUGGGUCGACGGGUUUGACCAUCAAGACUGGACUGAUCUCAUGCAGUAUUACAUCGCCGCAUACAAGACUGGAUCAGACCCUCUGAUCAGCAAAGAUCGUAUUUUCCUUUGGGGUCGUUUGUAUCCGGCGGGUGCAGACGCACCGGAUGGUGUCGGGAGACCGGAUAAUUGGCAAUGGACCGAAGAUUAUCUUUGGGCUGUUGUAUUACUUACCUCGCCGGCACAAGUUACGCUUUCAUGCGGACCGAGCAUACAAUCCUUCUCUGCGGGUGCAGGAUUAUCGAAGUUCAAGCUUCCGCUUACCGCCAGUUGCAGUGUCUCAUCCCACAUUGUGCGAAAUGGUCUCACGACGUUGAACUUUGCCCCUUCCGGUUUCAACUUUAACACGAACCCGCCCUCAUACAAUUUCAACUCAUUCGUGGCGGCAUCUCCGGCUUAGCUUCUUCCCAUCUAACUAUUGACUUGAUGCCGCAUUCUUGGUCAUUGUUAGACCAUUCGAAGCCAGUGGAGCAAGCUCUUUAGAAGUAGCUUCUUCUCUAGCUCGCUCCAUUCUAAACAUGACUAGAAACAGUUCUUGUGCCCUCAAGGUCCAUAGCCAGAGGCCGAAUUCUGAGCAUCCACGUUAUAUUUCAAAGACAACAACUCCACAAUACAUCAUCGCUUUGAACCACCAACUAAGGGUUGAACCUCACUCUAAGUGACGAAACAAAGUCCAAUUUCCAUCUGUUGGGAAGGCCUGGAAUGUAUGUAGCGAGCGUGCAGGACAUAGCUAGAUGCAGUUCUCGAGGAAACUAGUUCCCGCAAAGCUGGCUGCUUGCAACUGCUCCUCAGCCUUGUUCAGAUUAUGACUUGUCACUUACGACGUGAUACUGGUCAGCCGGUCGAAUGCAUUGCUGAUUCCAUUCACGGCCAGUUCCACAGCUGCAUCGGGAGGGUCUUGACCGGCGGACAAUGCAGCGAGUAUUUGAUUGAUUCCAUCUUGAGUACUAGCAAGGUCACUCUCCACCUGCGCGAUGGUCUGGGACGCUGCAGGAUCACUAAUAGUAUAAUGAGUUUCGUU